AUGAUCCCAUUACUUCACUUCUUUAGGAGAAGUACAAACCUUUUAAUAAUAUUAUUCAUCAUAUCGAUGAUGCUAAUAGUAAUCAUAUUACAUUUAUUUUUCUCAUCAUCACUGCAAGAACCUAGCACAUAUUUUGAAAAUGUAAAAACACAAUAUGACAACGUUUGGAAAAACUUACUCCCAUCAUCAUCGUUGUCGUCGUCAUCGAAUACGUCAAUCAUACCAUUCGAAGAAAGCGAGGAAAGCCCCAACUCUCAAGCUGCACUAUGGGAUUAUUCCAACGAUGAUCAAGACAAAAUAGAAGACAUCUUUCAAAGACUAUCGACUCCUCUAUAUCCAGAAAUCCCAUCCUAUUCCUCCAUGAAUAUGACAUACCGUAAACAAUUAGAAAAAGAUACCCUUGCUAAAAAUGGAAAAAUCUAUAACGAUUUCAUGUCCACUCCGAUAAUUGAACCCAAAGUGGAUUAUCUAAUUCGUCCCGAUGAUGAGUUGGCUGGGUCAGCUAAUGCUACGAUUUUGAGUUUGGUGACCAAUAAUGAUUUGAAAGAGUUGUUGCCUUCUAUUCAACAAUUGGAAGAAAAAUUCAACAAGAAGUUUGGAUAUCCUUAUGUUUUUUUGAAUGAUGGGGAGUUUUCUGAGGAGUUUAAAGAUACGAUUAUUAAUAUGUUACCAAACGGUAGAGUUGUGAAAUUUGGGCAGAUUGAGAAGGAAGAUUGGGAUAUGCCUGAUACGAUUGAUAGGGAGAGGUAUAAGAUAGAAUGUGAAAAGAUGGAUAAGUUGAAAGUUUCUUAUGUGAAGAAGGAAUCUUAUCAUAAUAUGUGUAGGUUUUAUUCCAGGAAGUUUUAUCAUCAUCCUUUGUUGCAAGAAUAUAAAUAUACAUGGAGGUUGGAGCCUGGGACUAGUUUGUAUUGUGAUGUUGAUUAUGAUGUUUUCAAAUUUAUGGAGAUGGAAAAUAAAGUUUAUGGUUAUGUGUUAAACCUUUAUGAUGGGGCUAAUUCAAUCCCAACGUUAUGGGAAACAACUAUGGAAUUUGUUAAGAAAAAUCCAAAUUAUUUGAAUCCCAAUGGUGCUUUUGAUUGGUUAAAGGAGAAUGCUCAAAAACCUGAAAAUUUUGAAACUGCGAAAGGUUAUUCUACUUGUCAUUUUUGGACAAAUUUCGAAAUUACUAAUCUUGAUUUCUUGAGAUCUGAAGCUUAUGAAAAGUAUAUGGAUCAUUUAGAGAAUUCAAAUGGAUUUUAUUAUGAAAGAUGGGGAGAUGCUCCAGUGAGAAGUAUAGCGUUAGCAUUAUUCCUUGAUAAAUCUAGGAUACAUUGGUUUAGAGAUAUAGCAUACAAUCAUAAUCCAUACACAAAUUGUCCCAAAUGUCCUGAAGGUUCUAUGAGAUGUGAUGGUAGGUGUAAACCAGGAUUGUUUACCAUGUGGAAAGAUCUGAACAUAGAAAAUUGUCAAGCUACAUGGAUUGAUAAGAUUAUGAGUGAUGAAGAGAAGAAUUUAUACUGA